AUGCUGACUAGAGUGUUUUCGUUUAUUCGCCGUGCGCAAUUUGCACGUGCCAUUGAUUUUCAUACUACGAGGAUAUCAACUCUCGCGCCUUCUGGAUGGUCUUACUUCGAUGAAUAAAUGCCCACACGAUAAUAUUGCACUGAGCCACUCAUGAAAUAAAUGAAAGGUGAGUGUGGGCCUUUUGCUCUAGUAACUCUGUGUGGAAAGUAGAAAUGCAAUGAUGAUCACUGUGCCGUCCACCGCCGUCGGAGCGCAGCGGAUGAAUAUGGGUUCUUCGACAUACUUCAAACUUGCGGCCUCCUGUCCUUCC